AUGCCUAUCACCCGUAGUCUCGCCAAGUCUCAAUCGUCUCUCUCGGGGUCCUGGACCCAGCUUUCUGAUAUUAAGCCUUCGGAGAUGGAGUCCUUCGUUCCGUCGGUGAUGCCAGCUUUCGCCGACCUUCAGGACGAUACCCCCCUGUUUGGACGCGAUGUCAGGACCUUACGCGAAGCCACUUCUUCCGUGAUUACCCAGGUGUGGCAUGACUCGCGCGCCACAGCGGCUCUGCUGUCUAAAAGGAUCAACGAAGGCAACACGGCACCUACUGAACAACUCAAUGAAUCCUUCGUGGCUGUGGGCAAGCGCCUCGACAACCUUCCUCUGGUGGCAAUAUUUCAGCCGGAUUCUCAGGGAUCCCGUAUUUCUCCUUUCACGGGAUACAACGAGGAUGGGGCCCAAUUCUCGAUAUGGCUACGCCGUUUCGAAGAUAUUAUGCGUAUGCGACCCACGACCCUCAUCGACGGGCAGCAAGCUAAUUUUCUGAUCGGGCACCUAGAAGGCGUAGCUCGCGAAAAGAGGAAGAGGGGCUGGACGGCGGCGCACGGAAAGCCUACGGAACCGUCUCCCAUCUACGUUCCUUUUUUUGAAAGCCCUCAGCAACGUUACGUGGCCGGCCAGAGGUUAUCCGGCUGCCGCCAGGAGUCGGGCGAGUCGUGUACGGCCUUCGCCAACAGGGUUCUGAACCGAGUCCGGGCGGCGACUUCGGGGCAAGACCUAGCAACUCAAAAGGAAAGGGUUCUUGAGGAGUUUGUCGCGCGUCUGUGGGAGAAUGUGCGCUAUUUCGUUAAAUUAGAGAAUCCCACCACCUUUGAACAGGUCGUGACAAAAGCCCAAACCGAGCAGCUACUCAGCGAGGCCGCGGCGGAACGUCUCUUGCACCCCACCAUGUCCCUCGCCGCCAUACAAAUUUUAUCCCGAGGUGGCCAGGGGUCAGGCCAGGUACGUAACAGAAACUCGUUACCCCAAGGGGUGCCACCACGCGGAUCUCCCCGCUCCCGUUCCACGGUUCCUGCCGCUCCAGUCAGACAAUACCAACGAUCCUCUACAGGAAAUGCUCGCCCUGGGUCUGGGCAACGCUCUUUCAAUUGCAACGGCCUAGGACAUGCCGCAUCGGUCUGCCCCUCACCACGGGGAGCUUUAUCUCUACGACCCCCUGUGCCGCUUACUCCGGCUACGCGAAGAUUCAGUAGCUCUCGUCGCUUUCCAGCCCCAACAUGUUGUCGCUGGCUUCACGCUCCACGGCUCACGCAUCGGAUAACUGUCUCGUUCGGUGUGACCCUCCCGACCGAACCCUUGGGCAAGGUCGCCCAACUAUCGGCAUCUCUCGAGGACACGCAACGAUAGCUCCGCAAUUCUCAAGCCCGCAUAGAGGCGCUCUUGCGGCGGAAUGAUGAGCUGGAUCAAUCAUCCAUGGAUCAAACAACGUCACCGCAAGCUCGAGUUUCCGGUUCACCUCUUCCCGACGUUCGCCUCUUGCUCUUCACGGCUGUUACACUCUGCCUGUAG